UUUCUACGAUUCAUCGUGUGUGUUGCUGAGAGCGUGCCCAGAAACAUAUGCCUCCUUUGUUAUCCAGGCCUGAGUGUGAUGAGGGAACAAAAGAAAAAGCUUGAAGUGGCAGAGGGAUUCUAGGCCCUGAACGCCAAUGGCACUGCUCUUCUUGGUGUAGCUGAAGGAAAAUGAUGGAAGAGAGUGGAAUAGAGACGACUCCACCCGGCACUCCCCCACCAAACACAGCAGGGGCUGCUGCUGCCUCAGUUGCUACCAGCACACCUGUCUCAUUAGCUUUAUCCAGUCCCCUCAUUUCAUCAAAUAUAUCCUCUCUCCCAUCUUUGCCUCCUGCAACAUUCUCCAUGCUCAACCCCCACCCUGUGCCUUCACAUCCUCCUAUGAUGUCUUCAGCUCCUUUGCCAUUUGUGCCUUCUACAGUGGUUUCUACUCUUGCUCCAUCUUUAACUUCUGUUCCACCUCCGAUUACUCCUUCAGCUGCUGCAACUUAUAGUAGCUCCAUGUCUAAUUUCUCAGCACCCCCUCCACUAUCUGGCACUCCAGGCUCCAGCCUUUCCGCACCUCCUGUGGGUCCCCCCAUUUCAGGAUUUUCUGCUACUUCAACAUAUGAUAUUACCAGAGGUCAUGCUGGGCGAGCCCCACAGAGCCCAUUGAUGCCAACCUUUUCUGCACCUACAGGCACAGGUGUUUUGGCAAGUCCUGUUACUCAGCCAGCAACUUUUACACCACUUCUGGGCUCUGGGACUGGCAGUGGCUCUGCAAUUACUUUCCCAGAGGAGCGUGAAGACCCCAGAGUGGCUGACAUGCAGGGUGGAGCAUCUGCUGGAGGACUGUGGGGCUUUAUAAAGGGUGUUGCUGGAAAUCCUAUGGUAAAGUCUGUGCUUGAUAAAACCAAACACUCAGUAGAGACCAUGAUUACAACGCUGGAUCCUGGCAUGGCUCCUUACAUCAAAUCUGGAGGAGAGAUGGACAUAGUGGUUACCUCCAACAAAGAAGUAAAAGUGGCUGCCAUUCGAGAUGCUUUCCAGGAAGUCUUUGGAAUGGCUAUAGUUACUGGGGAAGCUGGACAGUCAAAUAUUGCACCACAACCUGUCGGCUAUGCAGCUGGAUUAAAAGGAGCACAGGAAAGGAUAGACAGCUUGCGUCGGACUGGAGUGAUACAUGAGAAACAGCCUGCUGUGUCUGUAGAAAAUUUCAUCGCAGAAUUGCUUCCUGACAAGUGGUUUGACAUUGGCUGUCUGAUAAUUGAAGAUCCAGUCCACGGGAUUCAUCUAGAAACUUUCACCCAAGCAACACCAGUGCCUUUACAAUAUGUUCAACAGGCUCAGAAUCUUACUCCUGAGGACUAUAACCUGAGGUGGUCUGGCCUAUUGGUGACGGUGGGGGAAGUGCUGGAGAAGACUUCGCUGAAUGUCAACAGGACCGAUUGGCAUGUGGCAUUCACUGGUAUGUCCCGUCGACAAAUGAUCUAUAGUGCAGCCAAGGAAAAUAACGUGAAGAGUGGUUCAGACUAUAGUGCUGAGACUCAUGUAAGCAUGUAUCAUUCCUCCUCAUGA